CAUAACAAACGCAAGUCCCGCUCCGAAGACAGUCGCAUGCCGAGCCCCAGCGCGCGCGUUCUUCGUUCUUCGUUCUUCAAUCUUGUGUGAAGAUAUUAUGUGAACCGUGAUUUGAUUACAAUGAUGUGAAGAUUGAGUAAUGAGUAUCUAGUGAGGAAAUCGAAUCAGAGCGAAGAUGACGGAACAGAAAGACUGCGUCGAGGUGGUGGAGGAGAACAACAACGUGAACGAUAACAAGAACUCGAUGAACACGAUUUCGUCCAAGCUGUCCACGGACCAGCUCAUCUGCAAGUCGCCCCAGGAGUCCCCGGGGAGCUCGGUCCAGUCGGUGGAGAAGAUCGUCGUGGGGGAUGAUGGGUCUCUGCUGUGUCUGGGGCUGCUGCAGUUCAUUUUUGGGUUCUUCAUGGUGGUCUUUGGGGCGCUGGUGAUUCAGUAUGAUGCCAGUUUGGCGCAGCUGGGUGGUGGUAUAUGGGCUGGUUGCCUUUCCAUGGCCACUGGGAUCAUCGGGAUUCUGGCAUCCGCAAGGGAGUGGUGUCCGUUGAAGUCCACGCCCCAGAAAAUCACCCACACGAUUUUCCUGGCUUUAAGUCUGGUCAGUCUGGCGAUCGCGCAGCUGGUGGUGGCGCUCGCCGCCACAGGGGCGGCGAGGGACAUCAACAACUCGGAGUACGAAGGGGACGACGAAGACGAGGUGGUGACCACGACUCCGGUACCACCCGGAAAAAUCUCCAUCAUACUACCCCUCAACUACAUGAGCAUCCUGUGUAACUUGGGUCUUCUGGCUUUCUCAGCCGCCGAAUUUAUCGUGGCAGCUAUAGCCUCGUACAAAAGCUCGAGAAUCCUGUGUCCGUGCUUCCGAAGAAAAGAAGACUAUAUGGAAGACUUGAACACGCACAGGAAUGCUUUGGUUAGUUCUUGGUUGGGUAAACAGAGUCCUCCUCCUCACCUGUACGUGGUUACGACAGGUUCCACGUCGACGUUAGGCAAAGGAAGCAAGAUGUCCGGUGGUUUACCGGUGCCGGUGUUCGCUAUGCCGCACCACCAGGUGGUACCGCAGCGCGUGAUGCACUACCCGCUGAUCCCGGCGCCUUUGGGUACGAUUCCGUCGCCGGUCAUCCCGCCGUCGCCGCCGAGGAACAAAGAAAUGAUGCGGAGGAAGAAGAAGCACGCCUAUGCCAAGUGUCCUUCGAGAGACUUAACGUCCAAAAAGGCGAAGUCGAGGUCCAAGUCCAGGAAGGAAAAAAGCGUGACUGAAGAAGACGUGGUUCGGACUUAUACAGGGUUGGACAAGACAAUCGCGGAGGAAUUCAUUGACAUUUGCGAUUCGAGAAAUGUCAGCCUGUGUAGUGACUCGAGUUGCACAAGUAGUUGUCAGAGGAGUUGUAAUGGGUGCAACACGAAUAGCGAUGUUGCCUCUAGGGAUUAUUUAGUCAGUAAUAAUAAAACGUGAACAUGACGUCAGGUUGUCUGGUAACGAAUCUGGGUUGUGUUUGCGGUUGGUACCUAACAUUUGCUAACUUCUUACAGGUUGUACACUGUGGCUAAUGUCUCUCUUAUUGUUGUAACUUAAGAUGUUGUAUAAUUUGUAAAAAUGUAUAUGUGAUAUAUUGUGUAUAUCUUUUUUUAAUAAAACCAUGAAAUGACA